UUUUCACUUCGUGUGACCGCCUUCUUUUCUUUGCGCGUCCAGUACGCAGUCACUCCUUUCUUGGUUCGUUACCUUUGGCCAUCUUGACGAUGCGUUUCUCCACACUCACUUUGGCUGCGGCCUUUUCCCAACUGAGCAUAGCUGGCUAUGUUCUCCAGGACGAUUACAUGAAGGACUUUUACGGUUCUUUUGACUUCUUCACUGCCCCUGAUCCGACCGAGGGCUUUGUCAAGUAUGUCGACGAGAACACGGCAAGGCAAUCAAACCUCAUCAACACCUCUAUCACUGCAGGCGCAUCUUGGGGCGUAGACUUCCAAAACCAAACUCCACAGGGACGGCCGAGUGUUCGAAUUACAAGCAAGAAGUCAUACGACAGUGGCUUGAUUGUCUUGGAUGUCGCGCACAUGCCUGUUGGCUGUGGCACGUGGCCAGCAUUCUGGACAACUGGUCCCAGCUGGCCCAGCAAUGGCGAGAUUGACAUUAUCGAAGGUGUCAAUGACCAGGUAACCAAUGCCAUGACGCUUCACACCGGGCCUGGUUGCCAGAUUGGUUCGGACAACAGCCUCUUCCAGGGUUCUGUUACUACUAGCAACUGUUACGUCAAGGCCAAGGGACAGAAAGACAAUGCGGGAUGUUCCAUUGAGGAUCCAUCGACAAAAAGCUAUGGUGCGGGUCUGAACGCCAAUGGCGGAGGCGUAUUUGCGACUCAGUGGACUGCCGACGCUAUCAGUGUUUACUUCUUCCCGCGCGGCUCGGUUCCGGCAGAUGUUCUUGGUAGCAACCCUGAUCCCAGCGGCUGGGGAAAACCGUCUGCUAGUUUCCAGGGUGGCUGUGACAUUGCAAAAACAUUCAAGAAGCAACAAAUCGUCUUUGACACGACAUUCUGCGGUAUAUGGGCGGGUAAUUCCAGUGUAUGGCAGAACAGCACUUGCAGCAAGAAGGCCGCUACAUGCCAGGAAUGGGUACAGAACAACCCUGAGGCUUUCAAGGAUGCGUACUGGACUGUCAACUCUCUGAAGGUCUACCAGGACAAUGGCCAAGCAUCUCCUUCAAAGCCUUCAUCGGCACCUCAGCAGAGCAGCAUUGCUUAUUUGCCUCAGCCUAUCUCCAGCCAGACGCCUAUCGUGUCUCCUCCGAAGCCCUCACCACCCCUCCAGCAGACCAGCCUUGCUUAUUUACCUAAGCCUAUUCCAACCCAAAAGCCUACCAUACCUCGUCCAUUUCCUGGGCCACCCGCCGACUCUGUUCAGCCGACUUCGCUUAUCGUCCCCUCUGUUUCUGGCAUCUUUGCCCCAAUUCCCACCAGCGAGACCCUUUCUGCUCCAAGCCCUCCUGCCCAGAUACCCUCUUCUCCCGGAACACAAGUUGGAGCAGUGCCUGCGCCAUCCCCGGACGUCGGAGCCCCUGCACCACCCUCAGUAGGCGCAGGCGGCAUGCAUGGUUUCCAAUGGCCCAAGGCCGGUGCGGGUGGUUCUAACAACAGCAAGCCAACCACGGCACCUGUCGCCUCGCCUCCUCAGAACACCGGCGUCCCAGCCCAAACCGCAAGCGGCAGUCCUGCUGCUCCCAGUCCAACACAAAGCAUUGCACAGCCAUCCAACCCUGCGGUCGCCCCCGCAGUCCCAGUCCCGUCCCCGGCCCCCACGGCUGCUCUCAACACUCCUGCUCCUGUAGCCGCCCCAGCCGUUCCCGUCGUCACAGACGUAGUCGAGUCGCUCCAAAUCGUCUACGAAACCGUCUACACUACAGUUACAGCUAGCGCCCCCGCCGCGUCACCGCCUCCUGUCGCCAGAAACCUGCGCAUGGCCCGAUCCAUCAGAGAGCACAGGCAACGCCUUACAAAGCACCAUGCCAAGUUCUAA